AUGUUCACCCUUGCUAUUUUUGACUUCGACGGCACCCUCUUCAAUACGCAUGAGUCCAUAUCCCAUACUAUUAAACUCACUUUCGAUGCGCUUUCCGCCCACACAUCUCCCCAAACUGAGAUCCACCGCCUUAUUGCCAGCGGUGCUGGCCUAGGAGAUACUUUCCGAGCCUUGUAUCCAUCGCCAGGUGAAUUCAAUUCCACUAUUGAGAACGAAUGGAUUGAAAAAUACCGCGCUCUCUAUGCCACCCAUGGCCAACAACUUAUCAAGGCCUUCCCUGGCGCUAAGGAUCUUUUAGCUGAGCUUAAUAUUCAAAAAGUCCCUAUUGCUAUUGUGAGCAAUAAGGGUGUAGCGGCUGUGAAAACAGCGCUACAGCGAAAUGGUCUUGAUGGAUACGUACCCGAGGAUUUAAUUAUUGGGGAUAAGACCCCUGGGGCAAAGCGCAAGCCCGAUCCUGCUAGCUUCGUGGAUGUCUUGAUUCCCACCUUACGUGAAAGCUAUGGGGUAGAGAUUGAGCCAGAGAAUGUGCUGGUAAUAGGUGAUACAGUGGCGGAUAUUCAGUUCGCGAGGAACAUUGGGGGUAAAGUUUGUUGGUGUCGGUAUGGGUAUGGAGAUCAGGAGGCCUGUCAGGAAUUGAAGCCACAGUUUGUGGCUGAUUCUUUGGACGAGGUUGUAGAAAUCUUGAGAUCUUAG